CUGUAGGCUGUUUCUCAUAUUAAGCCGAAAUAGAAGUAAUCGACAAAAUCAUGAGUUUGUGGUUUUCAUUUUAGGCAUUUUUAAAAUACUCUUUCCUCUCGUGUUUAGCGUAAUAACAGAAGUGAGCAACAAGAUCAUGGGUUCGUGAGGGGCAGGUUCGCGCAGCCAGUGACAUUUAAAGCGCGCGGCUGAUUCAGUGCGCGCGUCACACUCUCGCCGCUGGCGCUUCAAUUUAGUUUGUAUUCUGCCCACAUACAACUCUAAGCCGACAGUCAUGGCGUCCGUCACUUUAGGACAGCACCCUGCUCAACACCACCUCGACUCGGAUCAGCAACGAUUCCACAAGCUGAAGUCGAGCGACAGGAAGAAAUUCACGCGUAAAUGGUCGCUGGACAAGAUCAUCACGCGAAACAGAGCGAGUGAUGUGGACAGCGCGAGAGCCGCAGUCUCAGCAUCGCUCGCGUUAUUCAAUCACGAGCCGCCUUCAGCACCACACAGCCGUGGCGGCUCGCCGCGUAGUAAUAUGGACGGACCCGUUGUGGACAUGGACCGAGAGAACGCGAACAAUAAUAACGGGAUAUUUCGCCGACAGAGUGCUGGGAGCCGGAGGAGCUCGGUGAAGGACACGGCGAAGAUCCACGCGUCUUCGUCCCCAGAAGUUGUUCGCAAUCCCUCUGCGCGGUCAAACUUCGGCUGCCCGACGGACGGACUGGAAGGGCUGGCGAUCGACAGGCUGACACAGGCAAGGUCGGGAGUAGUGAAGAUGCGAAGCGAGCCUCUCAGGAGGGAGGCAUGGUCCAUCUUCAACCAGAGAGACCCGAGGGUGAAGGCGGAGAGGGGAGAGGGCCACAUCUUCGUCUCCAGACGGCUGAGCCAGGAUUGGUGCGACGCCUGCAACCGCCAGAUCAGCAGUGCCGCGCUCAAGUGUCAAAACUGCAGCUACACAUGUCAUUUGGAGUGUCAGGGGCUUGUUCAGCUGGACUGCAACCAACUAGACCAGCCGACGGAGGAUGUGUCUACCCCCACUCCACAGAGGCCCGGCGCCAAAGACCCUCAGGAGACGAAUGUCACAAGAGAGGAAGAGGAUGAUAAGACAACAUCCCUCACAGAAGAAGAGGUUAAAGCUAAAAUAGAUGACUACAACUCCAAAGUGACGGAGAAUGGAAUGAAAUUAAGCUCGGACGGCACAUACACUGGUUUCAUAAAGGUUCAUUUGAAGUUGCGCAGGCCCGUGACUGUAUUUUCUGUGGACGGGAAGUCACCAGGACCUUGUUCCUCUUCUGAUAGUUCAGAUAACCGCACAUCCUUUUACCUGCCCAGUGAGGCCGUUAAACAGCUACACAUCAGCAGCACCACAACGGUCAGGGAGGUCAUUCAGGGCCUGCUGAAGAAGUUCAUGGUACAGGAUAACCCACGGAAGUUCGCCCUCUACCGCCUGACCCGUCGAGACAGUCAGGAUCUUUUCCAGAAGCUGCCGUUAUCAGAAUGCCCACUCUACUUGAGGCUAGUAGCAGGUCCUGAUCUGGAGAACUUGUCUUUUGUACUCAAAGAAAAUGAGACUGGCGAGGUGGAGUGGCAUGCAUUUUCAGUCCCUGAGCUACAGAACUUCCUGAUCAUACUGGAGAAGGAGGAGAAGGAUCGCGUGCGGCAGGUGGAGCAGCGUUACGCUGCCUACAGGGAGAAGUUGCAACAGGCUCUGGGUCAAGUUGAGAGCAAACCGGGCUAAUGUGGGACAACGAAUCUCCUUCACCCCACUGAGCCAACACUGGGCCAGCCUGGAGGACCAGUAGCCCAACAGACGCACUCAAAACCUCCACUCAGGACUUUGUACAAGCUCUCAGCAUGCUUCUGUGACCUUUAACCCCCAAAAGACGGGCAAAGGGAUCGAGACAUGGCUAAGACGAAGAGGAGGUUGGAACUAAAGCUUAGUACUUCAAGAGUAAUUCUUCUCUCCAGAAAUGGCACACUGUUGAAAGCCCAGGAAUAUGUUUCUGGCAGUCAUGCUUUUUUGAUAUGAAUGGGUUUCAUUUUGUUGUUGUUUUUUUUUUUUUCCCUCAUACCCCGUAUGUUUGUGUUUUUUUACAUGCUGCUGCUAUUGCUGCUACUGCAAGUGUUACUUAAAGCAUGACUUUCCCUUUGGUCUCUCUGCUUGUGUCUACCGCAUGUCCUCUAUCAGGGAAUAUCUAUAUGAAAGAGCGGAGUGAAAAAGCUGUUCUUCUCCAAAAAGGAAGUGGGGAGGCUUAAGUUACAGAAAAUACGAUGCCUGCGUGAUAUCAGAGGACAAAUAGUAACUGUGUCCACAUAUCAAAUUAUACAGUUCAUAAACAAUUGUAACAUGCUACUGUAAAAACAUGAAUAAUACUGUUUAUACUGGAGAUUGUCUUAAUAUAACUAUAAACGUACUGUAUUACUGAUAAUGGUUCACCCUACAGCUAAAUAGCUCACCCAACUCAAAAUAGUCAAAAUAUCUCUUUCUUUCUAUUUAAAUGAAGCUCACUGGUCACUAUAUAUUUAAAAAAAAGUGUUUGAAUAAAUCUGGGCCGCUGAGCAUUUUCAGAGGCAGACAUUUUGAGCUCCUCUGGCCCACGUUUAGACCGAGAGAGUCUCUCAAGUGCAGGGAGCAUCAGUGGAUGUGAGGAUUGUGGGCUGUGGUUAUCUGGUAAGCUUUUCUGAAUCACUUCGGCUUUUAGCACAUACGGUAAAUACACAAGGUCAUGCUAGAUUAGAGGGCAUCUCCUAGAUCAGCUCUCUGAAAAGCUCUGCGGAUCCAAACCACAAGCUGCAUCUCAAUCUGUAUUACACCAAAGGAAAACAGAACACGCUCCCUCUAUUGUAAUUAUGAAAUGAAGCUUUUAUGAAGUUCUUAUCGCUAACGUAAAGCGAAAAGUCAGGAUGUCUGUGAUUUGCACACAGACAAAAACCACUGAGUGGUCCGCCAGUAUGUACAGUCAAUAUUAUUCUGUACAGGGAACAUGAGAUGGAUUUAACUUUUUUUUUUUCCUUUUUUGCUUCGAUAAUAAGCCUAUUUUAUUGCGCGUCUGCUGAAUUCUGGAGGUGCAUGUGAAUUGAACGUGUCUGUGACACUGAGGGAAUUUAUUUUUUGUGAAGAACCUUCAAUAGCACUGAAGCGGUUUUCCAUAUUGGUCGGGAAUAACUGUGAACCCGUAAUUUGAUGUACUAGGCACUGAUAUAUCAUUUCUCUUGUCCCUUAAAGUCGCAGUCUCUUAAAUUACCAAACGUGACAUCUUUAGCGAGCAGAUUUGUGAUGGCAGAGGACUCGGUUAUAAUUCGGACUGGUAGAGGUUUGUAGAGGCACUUUAAAGUCAUACGUUUCCAUUUGGAUCAUUCUGCCCAUGUGCUCGGCCUGUAUAUUUUGAUCUUGUAUGGGUACAAAUCCUGCUGGACUGGAAGUAUCACUUCUACUCUUAGCAAGCGGCAGGGCUUUGAUUGUCUGCUCAGGAUGCUUCUCCCUGACAGCCAUGUUCCUGCUGGCAGUGCCUUUAGUCUCUGUGUAGCUUAUCUUGACUGUGUACUGUACAUAUGCUCUAGAUGUCCUUCCCUAUAACUCCAUAUUGAGAGAGUUCACACACAUUCAGUGGCAGUUGCCAGGUGCUUUCAAUGUCUGAGCCAUUAAGUCAUUAAGUCAUCUGGGACUUUUUAGGAUUAGUGUUUAAAAUAUUGAAGUGUGCGUAUGUGUGUGUGUGUGCGUGCGUGUGUGUGCGUUUGUUUAAUUUAUUUUUGGUUUAGUUUCAGUGUGUGUAAACUUGAAUAUGUGGAUGAAUCAGUAAUAUUUGGCAAUCUUUUUUUUUUUGAGUAUCAAAUGUUUAAAAUGUCUAGUAAGCUGUAAAUAUACUGAAGAAUGAAAUAAAAGGUCACCCUUU